AAGCGGAGCAGGUGGCGUGGGUUCCAAGGAAACGUCGAAGUAGUUUCCCGGCAAAGGCGGCGUAGUGCCGUAGUGGUGGCAAAGUCGCCAUGAGCAAACGCGCGCUGUCAUAUCUCCCGCCAGAAUGUGUUCCCGCGCAAUUCAAAAGUGGACAUUGAAUAGGCAGUUGAUAGCACUUACUUAAGCCUACGGGCCAGGCCCAUAUUAAGGUCCCAACUUGAUAAUAUUAACCAUGUACAAAUAUAACUUUAAGCCCACGGGCCAGGCCCAUAUUUCUUUUCCAUCCGUUAACUUGCCCAUAAAUCCAUACAAUCACCAAGUAGAAAACACCUUUUAAUGCUUUAAAUGAUAAUUAUAAAGACUAAUUAAAGAGGUUGGACUGGUCAAGAAACUUUUCAAGGGAGAGAGAGCUACACUGUUGAAGAUCGCUCAUUUCAUGGGAUUCUUUCAUGUCAUUGGCCGGAGGAAGUCAACAAACUGGGAGAGUGACUUCUUUCUUGACUCGAUCUGGCAUCCAAAUUUCUGUCUGUCCGACGUUAAUACAUAGUUUGUUAGUUAGUUAGAUGGUGUCGGUCUUAUCCCGGACGGUAGCAGAGACUUGAGAAAAGUGAAAAACGACCAAAGAUGCAUGGAUGGCGGAGAAACAGCCGCACCCACAAGAAGUAGAGCAUGCGACGAUUGAGAGAGGGAGACCGCUAAGACUUUGCCUCUUUCAAUCGUCGGCGUUUCUGAUCGCGAGAUCUGCGUGGAGAGAUUGCCGGGUUUAAUUUACUGCUCUCGAUUCACUUCUCGUGGCAUUCCUCUGUUCUUCGUGCCGGAGCUGCUUCUUGUCUGGGCUUUAUGAGAAUCCUAUUCAAAAGAGGCGCCAACUCAGCUCUGCUCGCUUACCGGCACCGACAAGCUUUCUCUGGUCUCGCUUUCGUCACGGACAUGGCUGCGGCGUCGACUCUGCCGCAGCAGGGCUGUCGCCGUCGCCAUUUGGACAUGCGAUGGAGUUCCUGCCGACAGGGAAGCUGCUGCGUGAGUGGAAAUGGCGAUGAGGCGGAGGAGAGGGUGGUGGUGGUUUUGGGCGCCACCGGCACUGGAAAGUCCAAGCUUGCAGUUGGGCUAGCAAAUGAGUUCGCCGGCGAGGUGGUGAACUCCGAUAAGAUUCAGGUGUAUUGGGGUCUCGACGUCGCCACCAAUAAGAUGCCCGUGGCGGAGCGUCGUGGUGUGGUGCAUCAUUUGCUGGGGGAGCUCGACCCGGAGCACGGCGAGCUGCCUCCCGCGGCUUUCCGGGAGAUGGCGGCGCGCGCCAUUGCGGGGAUUGCUGGCCGUGGAAUGCUGCCGGUGAUGGCUGGCGGGUCGAACUCCUUCGUACACGCGGCCAUCGCCAGGAGAUUCGACCAGCGCCGGAGCCCGUUCGAGGACUGCCGGGGAAGAAUCGAGGCGGCGGCGCUGCGGUACCACUGCUGCUUCCUGUGGGUGGACGUAGACGCGGCCGCGCUGGCAGAGAAGCUCGACCGGCGGGUGGAGGAAAUGUUGGCGGAAGGAAUGGUGGAGGAGCUGGCGCGGUACUUCGAGGAAGAGUCCGCGUCGACGGCAGGGGAGCGGAGGCACCUGGGGCUGGGCAAGGCCAUCGGCGUGGCCGAGUUCCGGGAGUACUUCAGGGGGGAGGGACGGGGUACGCCGGCGGCGUACGAGGCAGCUGUAUCGGCCAUUAAGGCCAACACGCGGCGGCUGGCGGAGGAGCAGGUGCGGAAGAUCGAUCGGCUGGGUGAGAUGGGGUGGCCGCUGCGGCGGCUGGACGCCACCGCAACCGUGGCGGGUCCUGCGGCGGAGGCGGAAACGGCGUGGGAGAAGGGCGUGGCGCGGCCCGCGGCCGCAGCAGUGGAGCAAUUCCUAACAGAAAAGGUGGAUCAACAAAACAACACCAUUUUUUUUGCUGGCUGAUUUUUUAACUUUUUUUUUUUACAGCUUUUAAAUACAAUCAAAGAGUGCGUAAUAACGGUUUACAAAAGCGUGAGAUAGUAGGAUUGCACGAUCGUAUUAUGAUUCGGAAGUAUCGAAUUGCUGUGGGAUCAUUUAAAAUAAUCUUUUAGGAUGGAAUCGGAAUAGAAUAGCUAGGAUUGUUUAGGGGUCGUUUGGUAUGCGUGUUUUUCAUUUUCAUUUUCUGAAAAAUAUGUAUUUUCUAAAAAAUGAUGUUUGGUUUACGUUUUUCGCGCGCAUUUUCAAAAAGAUUGGCUAUCAUUUUUUAGAAAAACAGAGAAUGACAAAAAGUCAUUUUCUGUUUUCUAAAAAAUACGCAUUUUCCAGAAAAUGAAAAUAAAAACGGUGCAAAUCAAAUACACCCUUAAUUUUACUUAAUUUUAUAUGAGAUUACUCUUUUAACCUUUAAACUGUGCUCUUUGUGGUUACUUUUGUGUUGGAUGCCUAAUUGGCACAGCAUACUAAUUGAUUGUUAAAAAAUUUAGGAUAAAUUACUUCCGUGACUUUACACUUUAUUAACCGUUUUUGACCCUCUAAUUUUAUUUUUUUAAUAAAUCAGCCCUUAAACUUUUUACAAUAAUCUAAUUUUAACAUUGUAAUUUUUUUUUUCUGAAAAAUUAGUCAUUCAACUUUUUAACUGAUUACUUACGACUCUUUCAUCAAAUUUUUUUGAAAAAAUUGACGAAAACUACGAAGUGUGCCUCCUGCAUGCCUUUU